UUGUGUCAUGAAACAUCAUGGGGCUUUUACCAUGGCUUGAUGCUGCCACGAAUCUAUAUAAUCCCCUUCCUGCACCCAGACUGGGGCUCAUCUCAAGCAACGAGCUUUCACUUUCUCCUUAACUCUUCUUUGCAGAAUCAAUUGCAUCAACCGGUUCAAUCAAAUCAAUCAAUAUGCGUGGAAAGGUCGCCAUCGAGGAAGCCUUCGAGCUGAAAGACGCCACCGGCGAGAUCGAGGCCCAGGCAGCCCUUUACAUUGCCCCAAAUGAUGUCGAACGUUACAAGCGACAGAUCGUGUCGAUCACGGACGAGCGCUUGGAGCUAUCCGACAAAAAUGGCAUUGGAUACACCAUCCUCUCCUUGACCGUCCCAGGUAUCCAGGGCAUCACAGACCAGAAAGAGGCCGAGCAGAAGGCCGAGAAGGUGAACAAUUACAUCCAUGACCAGAUCAAGGGACACCGCGACAGACUGGGAGCAUUUGCGGCGCUGUCGAUGCAUGACCCCCGCCAAGCAGGACAAGAGCUCCGCCGCUGCGUGAAGGAGUUGGGUUUUCACGGGGCCCUGCUGAACGAUGUUCAACAUACCGGAAAGGGGGACGACGAUGAGCCUCUCUUCUACGAUCAGCCCGACUAUGACGAGUUCUGGAGGGUGGCUGUGGAACUGGACGUGCCGGUCUAUCUGCAUCCUGCUGCACCUUUGCGGGAUACCGUGAACUAUCGACAGCUCUACGAGGACCGGAAGUAUCUCGUUGGCCCACCACAGAGCUACUGCAACGGGGUCGCGCUACACCUGAUGGGCCUGAUCAGCAACGGAGUGUUUGAUCGGUUCCCUAAUUUGAAGGUCAUUGUUGGACACAUGGGCGAGCGGAUCCCGUUUGAUUUCUGGCGCAUGAAUCACUGGAUCAAGAAUGUGGAGCAGCCUCUGGCCCAGAAGAACGGCGAUACCAUUUGCGAGAGGGAGCCACUCGAAUACUUCAGGCGCAACAUCUACAUCACUACCAGUGGGCAUUUCUGCACUCUGAACUUGCGGUACCUGUACGAAUACCUAGGCGAUGAGCGGCUGAUCUUCAGCGUUGACUUCCCCUACGAACGGAUGGAGCACGGCUGCAGCUGGUAUGAUGACGAUGCGGAGAACAUCAAGAAGGCGCUGGGAGGACGAGACGGAUACCUCCGCGUUGGCCGGGACAACGCCAGAAGGUUGUUUAAGCUGAGCAAGUUCAAGGACUGCGAUGCGCCUGUUGCUUGAACACGACCAGCAGCACAUGUAGCUUGAAGGGAUUUGACGGCUUGGGCAUUUGUUUGGAUUUACUCUGCGUUUGUCUGACUGUGGAGAUGAGUUGAAAAGCAAUCUGGUUUGCAUGCGUUUGGUCUUGUUGAGUCCUAAUUUGAUGGCUCGCUGUGCUUAAUUAAUCAUUACAAACAGGUCAAUUGAGUGUUCGUUCUGGC